GAUGUCAAACACGACAUUACGCACAACUCUGAUCACGGGGACUGGCGAAUGGCAAAAAUGGUCGAAGAAAAUUCGGUUUUAGUGCAGAAGCGCAUCAAAUCUUGGUUGUUGUUGAAAGAAAAACAACGGGGCUACCAAGCUGUCGCACGUCAUUACAAACACGCGCUGAAUCGAAUGUUUUUACAAUUAAAUCACUCAGCGUUGAUCAUCGUCGAGGACGAUUUGGAUGUGGCCAGUGAUUUUUUCCAAUAUUUUGCCGGCACGCUUCCCUUACUCAUGGCCAAUCAGAAUUUGUUUUGUGUAUCUGCAUGGAAUGAUAAUGGUCGACCAGAUUUGAUUGACCUUAAACGAUCGGACUUAUUAUACAGAACUGAUUUCUUCGCAGGUUUGGGCUGGAUGUUGCUACGCAGUUUUUGGUUGGAAAUUCAUGCCGGUUGGCCCGAUAUAUUCUGGGACGAAUAUUUACGUAAGCCGUAUGUCCGCAAGAAUCGCGCAUGUCUGCGACCCGAAGUAGGUCGCACUACCACAUUUGGUCGAAUGGGAAUUUCACGGGGUCAGUUUUUCGACAAAUAUCUUAGCACAAUGCGUUUGAAUCAUGAUUGGCAAAAUUUCGUCCAAAUGAAUUUGACCUAUCUUCACGAGCCGGGUGAUUUGCCCAACAUUUCAACCACACCUACUGAGCGAAUUCGAGUGACCUAUCAUUCUCAGGCCGAUUUUGAUCGGAUCGCAAUUAAGUUAAACUUAAUGCGGGACAUCAAGUCCGGUGUUAUGCGUAAUGCGUUUGCUGGUGUUGUGCCAACGAAGUGGAAAGAUCAGUGGAUUUAUAUAAAUAAAGUGUUUUCGGCUAAUCCGGUUUCCACCAUUGACAAUAGGCGUAAUAAAAUCACAAAGGGUAUUAUCUGCGAACAGCAGCUAGAUGAAAGUACGGUCAUUGAGGUGAUUUUCUGGUUUCGUAUGCGUGAUCAGAUUGCAAACAAAUAA